AUGUUUGCAGCGCGUGUUCCUGUGGGCGUCCGCCUCCUCCUUCUGCCCCUACUCCUGUGCUGCGUGAAGGGCGCCCUGCCGUUCCCCCACGGCGUCGCCUCGCGGAUGGACGCCGCCCUGCCGCUUCUCUACCGCCUGGCACUGCCCAGGGACCUCGUGGCUGAGGAGGCUCUUCCUGCCAGAGAUCCCGUCCCUGAGCUGAGAAACGACGACCUGCUGCGUCUCCAGGCGUUGCUGCGCCAGCUGCCCAGCCUCUACCCGGUCGCGGCGGCCGCCGCCCCCUCCUCCUCCGCCGAGUUCCUCGGGUCGCCCUCCAAACGCCAGGGCAUGAGCGGAAAGCAAUACCUUGGAGCACAGCGAUUAUGUGAGCUGGACAUACGAAACUGCUCCGAGGAUAUGAUAGGCCCCUUCAGCUCUCAGUACCAGAGGAGAAACGCGGGAAUGGGCGCUUAAACUCCAGAUCCCUCCAACAGAGAAACAUUUGUCUAUCGAAAUAACCCAUCAACCCAAAGGAGAUACAGUGCUACAGUGGCUUUACGCAGUCUAAUAGAAACAAUGGUGUACAUGUUAAUGCAUUUUAAGUAAUAAAUGAAUUGAGAUUUGAA